UCUUUGCUGAGUAGGUAAUGCCUUCUUGUGCAAGGAUUGCACAUGAUGAAUUUAAGGUAUAAGCCUCUUCUGUUCACACUCUUCCUUUCUUUGUUCACUUUUCUUUCCUUUCCUCCCUCCCUCCCUUCCUUCCUUAGGCAUUAUGGACAGGAGAUGGUGAAGAUGUUGCUCAAUCAUCAAAAAUUUAAAAUGCUUUUGGAACGAUCUCUUUCCACCAGUGACCUGGAAGAUAUUCUGACAAGAAUGAAGAAGAAAGGGAUGGAAAACCAGAAGGCUGAACGCCCAUCUGUCAAGGAGCUGGUGAAGAAGAGGAACGAUGGCUCCAAGAAGCCCCAGGCCACAUUGUCUUCUAGCAAAUGGGUGAAAUCUACCUCUGAUGGAUGCCUCCUACACCGUGCACAAGCCCAGGUCACGUUACCUCCAGUUGAGGAAGAAACGGAGCUGCUCCAGAAGCUUUACAAUCUCCUGGAGGCCAAGGGGUUUCAGACGCGCAUGGAAGGAGUGUCACUCCUCCAAGACCUGUGCAAAACCAGCCCCCAGCUCAUCUCCACUAACAUUGUCCAGAUUUUUGAAUAUUUUGUCCUGAGAAUAUCUGACAGCCACAAGAAAGUGAAGCAGAAGGCACUGGACGUGCUGGCUGAAAUCACAGGCGUCCUGAAAGAUGCCUUGAACCCGGUGAUCAUUGGUUUGCUGGAAGGAAUAACGAAGAACCUGAACUCCAAGGAUCCCAGGGUUCGUGCCGCAGCUGUGAAAGCGCUGGAAGAAUCCAUUGCUCAUUUAGGUAAGGCUGAGCCCUGGCAUGGACUCUCCUCACCUGUGUCUCUGUCUCUCCGACACAAGAGAGUGCUGAGUGCCUUGAUAGCUGCUGUUGUCUGUGGAAAGCUCCAGCUGGCAUCCCCCAGAAGCUGUGCAGGUGCAGUCCUUAUGCACCAGUCCCCCAACAGGCUUGAACGUGAUCAGCAUUUCCCAAAAGUCCCAGGAGCCCUUGGCUCUGUGCUGCCUGUCUGAAGAGCAAGUCCCAGACUACAGCUUUGCUGCAGUUCAGAGGCAAAGGGGGUUUGGAGUUUGCUUGGGUCCCGUUUGACUUCCCAAAUGAAUAGCUUUGCUCUUGGCAUGAAGGGAGAGUGACCCAUCAGAGCUCCUGCAGAGCAGCCACCGGGAAUGCUCUACAUGAUAGGCAUUAGCUGCCUAUUUACCCCUUUUCUUCUUUGUCUUCUAUUUUCAAAGGGGAACUUAGGAUUCCCCAAGUUCAUUUCUUUAUAACAAAUAGGUAUAAACCCAGCUGUCAAUGAUGCCCUGUUCCACAUGUUGUUUUGCAUGGGGCAAGAUGUCUACAGCAGUUAACUACAUAGGCAAAGGCUGCUCUAAAUUCCUUUGCCACACAGAUUUAUGUCAGCUCUGAAAAUGCCACACUGGGGAAAUGUGCCUGAAAAUAGGAGUGUUGAAGAGGCAGGUGUUCAA